AUGUUCCGCGUGCUCGAGCGCCCCUCAUUCUCGGCCGCCCAGAAUGCCCUCUUCCCCAUCUACUUCGCCCUGCAGACGGCCCUCCCCGCCAUCCUCGCCCUGACCUACCCCGGGAGCAGCAACCCGCUUGGCGUUGCCUCCGGCCUCGGCGGACUUCUCGACGAAUCAAACUUCCGCGGCACCCUGCUGCCCAUUGCCACGAUCUUCGUCACCGCCGCCGUCAACCUGCUGGUGGUCCUGCCUGCGACGCAGAAGAUCAUGGCUGCCCGCUACGCCCAAGGUCUGACGCAUGCCCCCUCACCCGCCUCUCCGCCCCAGAAGAAGGACGGCAAGAAGAGCUACGAUCCGGCGCCCCACUCGCAGGAGAUGCAGGCGCUGAACAAGCGCUUCGGCAAGAUGCACGGCAUCUCGUCGCUGUUGAACCUGGGCACGUUCAUCGCGACCAUCGCCUACGGGUUCACGCUGGGAUCGCGCCUCUCGUAG